AUGGCGCCGAAUAACCACAACCGUGGCCACGAUGAUAGCCCUUCAAGUACACAUAUACCCCUCCAGGAUCUCUCCAGACCCGAUGAUUCCCCCGCAGACGAACGCGGUCGAGGUCGCGCCAACAGCGCCGCGAGUGGGAUUUUCUCACGCCAGUCGAUGAUGAGGAGAGGGUCGCGAACCCAAUACCAGAGCGUCGCAGAGGAUUCGCCGGUCGAUUCACGUUCUGUGAGCAGAAACCCUUUUCAAGCGCGUGUCGAGGAGGAACAGGCUCCUGAGGACUUGGGAGCCCUGGCGCAAGCGAUGUCUUUUGGCAUUAGCUUUAAUGAGCCGCGUUCAACAAGCUCAGGGGGCCCUUCGGCCAUGAAUGGCUUUGACGAUGCUGCCUCCGAUCUCGAUAAUGUGCCCUUGGACGGGUACCACUCUCACGACCAUACUUACGCCCCUCAACAUGACGCCGAAGAUGACACUGCACGCUUGACCGACCCUCGGUUCCUUCAACCGAUCAGUGGUGUGGAUAAUGCGGGGGAGCGACGAGGUAGUGAAGGUGGUGCCUCUUCUAGGCUCGGUGAUGACCUGCCCCAUGUCGAGGAAGGUCGUUCACGAAGCAUUGGCAGCAGUGCCCGGUCCCGGUCUCUGUCACCUUCAGCGUCCAGCGGGCCUUUACAAAGGGCUAGUUCGAUGGUGAAAUCCAUGUCGCAACGUGUGGUUAAUCUGAGUAACGAGCCCGAAGUUGUCCAACAGUCGAUUGAUCGAGAGGAGCAUCACAAAAGCGCACGCCUGGAUGGGCCUCCGGAACUACCAGCAAUGUCAGAUUACGCACAUGAUCCUACUUCCCAGUUACCACCGAGAGAGAAGCGGGCGUCCAAGAACAUGUGGAAGUAUAGAAACAAUCCGUUCCGAGGCAGGUCCCUUGGAAUUCUCGGACCGAAUCAUCCGCUUCGCCUUUGGUUGUGUGACAUUCUCGUUCAUUCUUUCACAGAGCCUUUCAUUUUGGCUAUCAUUAUCGUUCAGACGAUCCUGCUGAUCGUAGAAUCUGCAAAAUCUGUCUUUGACCGACCAUUGGCUGUCUUAUGGGGCUCGAACCCCAUGGAUUGGGUCUUCUUGAUCAUUUUCGUUAUAUAUACCCUUGAGAUCGUGGCGAAAAUCUUGGUGUCUGGGUUCAUCUUUAACGCGGAGGAAUACAGUACAAUCAAUCGCUCUCUGGGAAUCAGGAAAGCGAUAGCCGAAAAGGGAAAGAAUCUCAUCACUCCGCAUCGACAGACGACCAAGAAGGUUUCAUUUCUGCCGCAGGAACCACAAGCGUCGAUCAUACGGACUUUCACUGGAAUGAACGCGCUGGAUGCUGAACCUAUUGAUGAUCCGCUUCAGAAACGCCGCGUGAGGCUUGCUCACCGAGCGUUUCUUCGACACUCAUUCAAUCGUCUGGACUUUGUGGCCAUUACUGCUUUCUGGAUAUCUUUCAUUCUCUCCUUGAGGGGUCUCGAGGUGGCGCAGCAGCUGUACAUCUUUCGCAUGCUGAGCUGUCUGCGAAUCUUGCGCCUCCUUGCCCUGACGAAUGGUACAUCUGUCAUUCUUCGAAGUUUGAAACGAGCCGCGCCGCUUUUGGUCCACGUUGGAUUCCUUAUCGGUUUCUUCUGGCUCCUUUUCGCCAUUGUGGGUAUUCAAAGCUUCAAGUCUAGCUUGCGCAGAACCUGUGUUUGGGUCGAUCCCCUGGGCCAGAGCAACUUCACUUCGAAUGACGCUUAUGGCACGCUUCAAUUUUGCGGAGGCUACUUGGAUAACGUCACCGGCCAGGAAAUGCCUUGGCUCGACGCAACGGGUAGCCCAUCAGCAACGAGUACUGGCGCGAAAGGGUACCUCUGUCCCCAAGGAUCAUUAUGCGUGGAAGGCGAAAACCCCUAUAAUGGAACGUUAAGCUUCGAUAAUAUUGUACAGUCGCUGGAGGCCGUGUUUGUUAUCAUGAGCUCAAACACCUUCACCGAUUUGCUGUACUAUACGACCGACAGUGACUAUCUUGCAGCAGCCCUCUUCUUUGCCUUCGGUCUAGUCAUAUUGAGCUUGUGGCUGGUGAACUUGCUGGUUGCAGUUAUCACCCAUUCAUUCCAGGUCAUUCGAGAAGAGAGCAAACGCAGUGCUUUCGCUGUCCAGAAACUUGAUCAAGUUGAAGAGGACGACCUUGCUGCACGCAAGGUCAGCGGGCUGAAGAAACUUUACGCCAACACGGACUGGUUUUGGAUCUGCAUUAUCGUUUGCGAUCUUGUCAUUCAGGCCAUGAGAAGCUCAACUAUGUCGGCAGAUCGUGAUGAUUUCAUCAACAAUUCCGAGACUGUCGUUACGCUUGUUUUACUCGCUGAAAUCAUUUUGCGAUUUGCAUCGGACUGGCGUGUAUUUCAUCGAAAGCGCCGCAACUGGUUCGACUUGUUCCUUGUGGUUGUAACCUGCGUUAUACAGAUACCCUCCAUCAGGAACUCGGGCCGCCCUUACAGCGUCAUGACUCUCUUCCAAAUUCUACGAGUCUACCGUGUUGUUCUGGCUUUCUCCGUGACCAGAAAGCUCAUCAUGGUUGUCUUCAGCAACGUCAUUGGUCUUCUCAACCUCAUCUUCUUCCUCUUCUUGAUGACGUUCCUGGUAUCUAUUUUUGCGACCCAACUUUUCCGAAGUCAAAUUCCUUCCACAGACCCGGAUGGAAAUUCUAUCACAGUCACAUUUGCCGAUAUCUACAAUUCCUUCCUCGGAAUGUAUCAAAUCCUGUCUAGCGAGAACUGGACGACCAUUCUUUACAACGUCACCGCAUACACUGUCCCAUUCAAGACUUCAUGGAUAUCUGCGGCAUUCAUAAUUCUGUGGUUCAUUGUGGCUAAUUUCAUCAUUCUCAAUAUGUUUAUUGCUGUCAUUCAAGAGAGUUUCGAUGUGUCAGAAGACGAGAAACGACUCCAGCAAGUGCGAGCAUUCCUCGAACAGCGCCACGUCGGCGGCGCCGCCCAGCAGGGAAACCUUGCACUCUCAAAAAUUCUCCGCCUAGGUCGAGAUUCAGAUCGUUAUAAGGACCCACUUGACCAUGGGCCUGCUGCACUUGAAAUGCUCCUGAAAGAUGCCGUCGUCCGAGAGUUCCUCGACGAAGAGGAAAAGGGAGAACGGGAACAAGAACAGGAUGCUCGACGACAAAAUGCAAUGCCUGAAGGAGCGGCUCAAGACACUGUCCAGCCUGGUGCGCUUUCACGGCUAUGGACAAAGGCAACUUCCCUCGUCAUGGGUCGCGAACCGAAUCCAUUCUACUCGAAGCUUCAAUUCUCCGCUCGUUACGAGGAGCUCGACCCUAGAACCAUGGCUAGAGAGGUCGUGUCUGCAGCAGAGGCGCGAAAGCGGGCACAGCGAGAGUACCUCGUCAAACAUCCCAACUAUAAUAAGUCGCUGUUCAUUUUCGCGCCGCAGGAUCCAGUCCGACAUUUCUGCCAACGGAUCGUCGGUCCGGGCCGAGGUAAUAAUCGAGUCGAGGGCGUGGAUCCAUACAAACCAGUGUGGUAUACAUUCUCAGCUUUCAUUUACGCGGCUAUCGUGGCAAUGGUGCUUCUUGCCUGUUUCACAACGCCCUUGUACCAGCGAAACAAUUUCCGCACUGAUCGCGAUUGGUUCACCUACACCGAUCUAGGCUUUGCCGUUAUCUUCACUGUUGAGGCGGCCAUCAAAACAAUCGCUGAUGGAUUCUUCUGGACACCGAAUGCAUACUUCCGAAGCUCUUGGGGCUUCAUUGACGGAAUUGUGUUGGUCACUCUUUGGAUCAACGUUGGAAGCUCUCUGAAGAAGGAUUGGGGUGUUUCCAGAGCUAUUGGAGCUUUUAAAGCUCUGAGAGCUCUGCGACUGCUGAAUGUCAGCGACAGCGCAAAAGACACAUUCCACUCCGUGAUCAUCGUUGGUGGGUGGAAGGUUGUUGCUGCUGCGGCCGUCUCCAUGAGUUUCUUGAUUCCCUUUGCCAUCUAUGGCGUCAACUUGUUCAAUGGCCAGAUGCUCAGCUGUAAUGAUGGCAAUUUUUCCGGAAACCUGACUGCGUGCGUCAAUGAAUAUGCCAGCUCACCUUUCAACUGGGAUGUACUUGCCCCACGAGUCGUGGCUAACCCAUGGUACAACUUCGACGACUUCGGCAACUCCCUUUUCAUUCUUUUCCAAAUUGUGUCUCAAGAAGGAUGGAUUGAUGUCCAAGAGACAUCGAUGAACAUCAUCGCGCCAGGCAUUCAACCCGGAAACAAUGUCGCUCCGGAAAACGGCCUGUUCUUUGUUGUCUUCAACCUGCUCGGUGCAGUUUUCGUCUUGACACUAUUUGUAUCUGUAUUCAUGCGUAAUUAUACGGAACAAACUGGUGUGGCAUUCUUGACAGCUGAACAACGAUCGUGGUUGGAACUGCGGAAAUUGCUUCGACAGAUCUCUCCCUCAAAACGGUCUUUCAACGAGAAGACGACGAAGUGGCGACAGUGGUGCUAUCGGAUCGCAGUGAAGAAGCACGGCCGAUGGGCACGGUUUGUCACUGGAAUACUUGUGGUGCAUCUGCUCCUUUUGGUGCUAGAAUUCUAUCCUGAGCCGGAUCUAUGGGAGACGAUUCGAUCUAUUCUAUUCUUUCUAUUCAUGUUUGUCUACAUUGCGAACGUGCUAAUUCGAGUGAUCGGCCUCGGAUGGCAUCGAUUCAGUAGGAGCUCUUGGGAUCUGUACUCUCUCCUUGCCGUUCCUGGUGCAUUUGCCACGACUAUCCUAGACCUUGGACUCCAUAAAUCACAGGCCGUUCUUGAGUUGAACAAGCUCUUCCUCGUUGCAAUUGCACUUCUACUGAUCCCCCGAAACAAUCAACUGGACCAGCUCUUCAAAACGGCCGCAGCUAGUCUGCCAGUCAUUGGAAAUCUACUCGCCACCUGGUUCGUGCUGUUCCUCGUGUUUGGUAUUGCGAUGAACCAAACUUUUGGCCUCACCAAAUUCGGCUCGCAGGAAAAUCACAACAUGAAUUUUCGAGAUGUGCCCAAAUCUCUCAUAUUGCUCUUCCGAUGCAGUUCUGGUGAGGGAUGGAAUCAAAUCAUGGAGGACUAUGCGACGAUGGUGCCGCCUCUUUGCACGUACGAUUCCGACUUCUUUGACGACGACUGCGGUAGUGCUGGCUGGGCUCGCUCCCUGUUCAUCGCUUGGAACAUUAUCAGCAUGUACAUUUUCGUGUCGCUGUUCGUUUCGCUCAUUUUCGAGAGCUUCUCCUACGUUUACCAACGAAGUAGCGGCUUGUACGCCCUUAGUCGUGAGGAGAUUCGCCGCUUCAAGCAGGCUUGGGCUACCUAUGACCCCAAUGGAUCCGGCUUCAUCACAAAGGAGGCAUUCCCACGGUUACUCGGGGAACUUUCUGGUGUGUUCGCGAUGCGCGUUUACGAAGGAGAAUUCACAGUCGGCGCCAUCUUAGAACAAUGUCGGGCUAACUCUCGAGACUCAAUGAGUUCGUCUGUGUACACAUCACAUACCUCAUUGCCCCUUCGGUCGCGAGAUUCAAUGGCCUCGUUGCAGCAAGGCCCUGUUGACCUCGCCGAAGGUAUUGAUAUCAAAGAGCUCUCUCGCAUCAUCAACCGCAUCCCAGUCAAAACCAUACAGAAGCGGCGCCAGAGACUGAACACCUUCUACGAGGAGGUUCUCGUGUCUGCAGACCCUGAGCGCGGCAUCUCCUUCCAUCAAUGCCUGAUGAUUAUUGCCCAUUACAAUGUCAUCAGUGACAGCAAGAGUUUACGGCUGGAGGAAUUCCUCCGUCGCCGUGCGCGACUCCAGCGUGUGCAGGAAGCCGUCCGGCGCAAUACGGUCAUUGGCUUCUUCGACACUUUAUACUGGUCUCGUCAAUUCCGUCGCGCGGUCGACAGCAAGAAGUCUAGCCGAAUGACCGCCGUACCGCAAUUAAUGGUGCCGGAAAUCUUUGUUGACGAUCCUGGAGACUCCGACGAGGGCGAGCAGCCCACUGGCACGAUGACACCGCAGACACAACCCGAGCCAGAUGGACCGUUCACGCCUAUGCUCUCGCCAUCAUCCACCUCUCGCCGACGGGCCGAGUCCAGCCCAGCUGCGCGCCAUGCCGACUUGCCUCGAAUCGAUACCACUAUGGUCGGCCGGGGGUCGGGUACAAGCACCCCAACGGAAUGGUCCAGUAUUAGCCCCUCACGUACCCCGCGCCACAUGUACGGCGAGCGCGUCUCCUUCGAUACCAGCAACGGCAACCGUGACCAAUCACCCGCGGGGACCGACCAUUCACGACAGAAUAGCGUGAUGAGCGUACAAGACGUGAUGACCUCUCUAGACAACUCCGCGUGGGGUGAGAGUAUCCGACGCAGUUUCACGCAGCGACGAUCGGGUGACCGAUCCUCCGAAUCAUGA